CGGACACACAGAGCUGUGUUUCAAGGGAGGAACUUCAGCAGCUCUAACAUACUGUCUGUCAUGAUGCUACGACUCGUUGUUCUGAUGAUGGCUGCUUUGUCAACAGAGGUCUACACCACCAACAGUCUUAAAUCCACCUACUAUAGAGAAGACCAGGUCAUACUCAAAGCUCUGAGAGAUUUAAGCCAUGUAUCAAUACUGCAAUCAUCAAUGUCUUCCGGGAAUUUACCUGCUGAUAAGGUCCAUUCAGCUGAUAGAAAGUUUCCCAGGACAGGAUGGUGGAUCCCAAAGGUUGUCCUACAACAGACUGUCAAGAAACGUCAAGACAUGUCCUCAUACAACUUCAACUCAUUUGGUCUACGUUAUGGAAAAUGACUGAUGUCUGUUGUUAUCCUAUGUUAGAUCUGAUAUUUUCACUGACUGUAUUUUAUUUAAU